UAAAGCACCACAAGCAUUCAAAACGGCAGUAUCAUAGUUUCGUUUUUUUGUUGUCUUGGUUCUUUCAUUGAAAAGAGCUGCUUUACAUUUUGAUUUUUGCAUAUGUAUGAGAUUUUAUACCUUCUCAAGUCAAGUGUUCUUUAUUGCAAAAAGGACAUUGCAACAUAUCAUUUUUUCUUUCUACUAUAACCUUUUCGCAAAUUUCUUCAACUGCUACGGUGAUAGGAUCUUACAAUGCGUGAUGUAAAAAAAAAAAAAAUUCUUUAAUACGCGACUGCCGCGUCUUUAAGUAUUUUUUUCAGUUUUAAAAAAAUGAGUGAAAUUAUCGAAUAUUUCAGUUUACAAUAUGAAUGCCAUGUGUGCCUGUUACAGUUUACAGAAUUAAAAAGCUUGAGACGACAUUAUUUAAGUAUUGAAGGACUUUCUUAUCCCAGCAGCAUAUCAAAGUUUUAUAACAAAAAAACGAAGAAAUACGUAUCCAAGACACUUUCGAAAAGCAAAGAACUUGAUGAGAAGAUGUGCACCCUAUUAAAUACGGAUUGGAGUACGAGGAAGCAUAUUAAAUACAAACUCUGCGCAGAAAACAUUCGACACUUUUCACAAAAAUUUAAGCUCCUUUAAUCAUGCAUUUUUUUAAAACCAAAAACUUAUUGUAAUAUCCGAUGUCUAAGAGAC